GCGCUAGGGGGCGGGCUCCGCGCAGCGACGUCACGACGCGCUGUGCGUCGGGUCAAAGUUCAGUCCCUGCCCCGCUUCCCCCUCGCUGUCUCUCUCGGCCUGUGCCGCUGCCGACGCCUCUUGUGGGCCCGGCUCCGCCGCCUUCCUGCCUGAUCGCUGCCCGGCUGCCGCCAUGGCGAACGUGGCCGACACGAAGCUGUACGACAUCCUGGGCGUGCCGCCCGGCGCCAGCGAGAACGAGCUGAAGAAGGCAUACAGAAAGUUAGCCAAGGAAUACCAUCCUGAUAAGAAUCCAAAUGCUGGAGACAAAUUUAAAGAAAUAAGUUUUGCAUAUGAAGUACUGUCAAAUCCUGAGAAGCGGGAACUAUAUGACAGAUACGGAGAACAAGGUCUUCGGGAAGGUAGCGGAGGAGGUGGUGGCAUGGACGAUAUCUUCUCUCACAUUUUUGGUGGGGGUUUGUUCGGCUUCAUGAGUAAUCAAAAUAGAAGUCGAAAUGGCAGAAGAAGAGGAGAAGACAUGAUGCAUCCACUCAAAGUAUCCUUAGAAGAUCUGUAUAAUGGCAAGACAACCAAACUACAACUUAGCAAGAAUGUACUCUGUAGUGCAUGCAGUGGCCAAGGUGGAAAGUCUGGAGCUGUUCAGAAGUGCAAUGCUUGUCGAGGCCGAGGCGUGCGCAUCAUGAUAAGACAGCUGGCUCCGGGAAUGGUGCAGCAGAUGCAGUCGGUGUGCUCUGACUGCAAUGGAGAAGGAGAGGUAAUUAAUGAAAAGGACCGCUGUAAAAAAUGUGAGGGGAAGAAGGUGAUUAAAGAAGUCAAAAUUCUUGAAGUCCACGUAGACAAAGGCAUGAAGCAUGGGCAAAGGAUCACGUUCACUGGGGAGGCAGACCAGGCCCCGGGAGUGGAGCCGGGAGACAUCGUUCUUUUGCUACAAGAGAAGGAGCAUGAGGUAUUUCAGAGAGAUGGGAAUGAUUUGCAUAUGACAUAUAAAAUAGGACUUGUUGAAGCUCUGUGUGGAUUUCAGUUCACAUUUAAGCACCUUGAUGGACGUCAGAUUGUGGUGAAAUACCCCCCUGGCAAAGUAAUUGAACCAGGGUGUGUCCGCGUCGUUCGAGGUGAAGGAAUGCCACAGUAUCGUAAUCCCUUUGAAAAAGGUGAUCUUUACAUAAAGUUCGACGUGCAAUUUCCUGAAAACAACUGGAUCAACCCAGAUAAGCUUUCUGAACUAGAAGAUCUUCUGCCAUCUAGACCAGAAGUUCCUAACGUAAUUGGAGAAACAGAGGAGGUAGAGCUUCAAGAAUUUGACACCACUCGAGGCUCAGGAGGUGGUCAGAGGCGCGAAGCCUAUAACGAUAGUUCUGAUGAGGAAAGCAGCAGCCACCACGGGCCUGGAGUGCAGUGCGCCCAUCAGUAAGCUGCAGCCAGACUGCACGGGCGGGUUUCUGUCCACAUUUGCCUAAUUUGUUCUCAGUGAUCCAGCUGGAGGGUCUGAUCAAUCCAGAUGAACUGACGGACAUCGGUUGGUCUAUGUGUAACUUUUAAAAUUGGUAUAGUAUCUACAGAGUGUAUAAUUUAAACUAACCACAAAGCUUUACAUCUUCAUUUCAACUGUUCCGUAGCAGAAUAAAGCACUUGAAAGGAAACAAGACUCCCUUUCACACAUGGGUUAUAAGUUUCAGUCCUGCUAUCUGUGCUUGAUUUUUAUCAGUUUUGUGUAGAUUUUAUGUUUCAUAUUUUACAUUCAAAUCCCACAUUGUAAAGUUUGUACAAUUUGUCCUAAAGCUUUGUGUUUGGCUGCACCUGCAUAAGCUGCUACAAAUAGAAUAAAGAAUUUCAUAGCCUGUAUCUAUCAUUUAGAUGCAUGGAAAAAAUGGGCUUUGCACACAAUGGGUUUGGAGCUGACUGGGAACAAUGGAAAAAUUAUAUUAGCUGUGGUUGUAAAGUUUUGGGUUUUUUUUUUUUUUUUUUUUUUUUUUUUUACCAUCCUGUGAAAGGUUUCUGAAGCUUGAUAAUAAAAAGCGGUUGGUGUAAAUUAUUCUUUGUGUCACAUUUUUAGAAGGAAGAACAUAUUUAGAAUUGUACAAUGUAUCCUUAAACUGGAGAAUGUAUCCUUAGUUCUGGUUCUUAAACAGCCCAUAAAACCCAUUGGCCUGAAGCUUAUGUCUCAGGCACCUGCCCAUUUUGUAGUUUUAAACGCAAAAGGUUGGUAGAAACAGGCUUUGAUGGCUUCAGUUGAUGCUGUGUAGAGUCAAGGAGAUCUAAGCCGUGUAACCUGCUAAGUUACAGCCCUGAGCACCGGGGCUGGCCCGGGCCUGUCUCCCUACCACCAUGCCCUUUUUAAAAACAAGGUAACAAUGAAUCAAUAGAAAACCUUGUCUGCAUAGAAGCUGUUAAAAUGCUAUUUUCAUUAAAUGUUAAGUUAAAGAUUCUCUGUCUCCAUUAAGUUGAAUAUUUGAAAUUGGGGGAAGCAUUAUUACUUUGAUUUUCUGUAAUAUUUUAUAGAAAAGUAAGACUCUUAAGCUGGUAUGAGAAAAGUCAGGUAAAACUAUGAAAAGGAUGUUGUGUUUCUCUUUUCAUGUUCUGAUUCUUACCUUUCCACUCCCAGAGUAGAUACUUUUAGAACACACUUAUUUGGGGGAAAAAGAGACAUCAGACACACAUUUUACAUUUGUAAAGGAACAAAGGGGAAAACUGAGAACUAAAAUUUAAAAAUGUGUUAUGCCACCCCUGGGCCUAAAUAUAUUUCUCGGUCUGUUAGAACCUGAGUGAAAAUAGGUGUCCUGACCCUAUCAAGGCCUGUGAGGUCUAAACUAUCAUAGCCUUGUGCACUCUACCUCCGUUGUACAAAAAUAGUCCACGACAAGCCUGGGCAAGACUCAACAGCAUAGUAGUUCUGUAUCCAAGGUUACUUCCCCACAACCACUUCAAGCCUAAGAAAUGCAGUGGCAAUAUGAAGUUUGUAGCCUUUCCAAUAAAGGUUUAUAAAACAGU